GUUGCAUUUGUUCAAUCCGACAAGUAAAACCAAACAAAAAACCAAACCUACCAAGAUGUUCAAGUUCGUCGCCGCCGUCAUCUUCGCUCUGUUUGCCUGCGUGGCCGCCAAGCCCGGAAUCGUGGCUCCUCUGGCCUACUCCGCUCCCUACGUGGCCUCUCCCUACGUGGCGUCUCCGUAUGUGGCAUCUCCCUACGUGUCAUCCCCCUACGUGGCUGCCCCCUACACCGCUGCCUACACCGCCGCCUACGCCGCUCCCUACACCGCCGCCUACACUGCUCCCUAUGCCGCCUACACCUCUCCUCUGCUCCUGAAGAAGUAGAUUCCCGGAAGGAUGAUCAAUUAGGAGGAUAGCACACGGACACUUGCAAUGAAACUGAAAUAAACUCGCAAACAAACGAA